AUGUUUAUACAAAUCAUCUUAAUAUCGAUAGUUCCAACAAUAUUAGCAACAUUAGGUGUGGAUGUAACUCAAAGCGUUUCACAAGAACAAUUUGAAUGUUUAAAAGAUAAUGGAUAUAAAUUUGUUAUUGUUCGUGCUUAUCGAAGUGUUGGAGUUAUUGAUUUAAAUAGUGCGCAAACAAUAAAAAAUGCUCGAGCUGCUGGAUUAAAUAAUGUUGAUGCUUAUUUGUUUCCAUGUUUUUCAUGUGGUGAUGCACCUCAACAAGUUAUUGAAACUAUUGAUUAUUUAAGAGAAGAAGAAGCUCAAAUAGAUAGACUUUGGUUCGAUAUUGAAGGAAAAUGGGAUAAUGAUACAGAUAUAAAUAUUCAAUUUGUUGAUGAAUUAAUCAAACAAAUAAUUACUUUAGAUAUUAAAUUUGGAAUUUAUACAUCAAGAUAUCAAUGGAUUUCAAUCAUGAAUGAUACCACAAAAUUUUCAUUGGACUCUCCUUUAUGGUAUGCUCAUUAUGAUGAUGAUCGAUCAUUUCGUGAUUAUCGAUCAUUUGGUGGAUGGAGACAACCAUCAAUAAAACAAUUUAUUGGUGAUGUUAAAGAAUGUGGAGUGGUACUUGAUAAAAAUUUUUCUUGA